GCGAGGAGGGGCGGGAGAAGCAAGAGGAGGAGCAAGGGGUGGAGGGUCCCUGGGGAUGAGGCUGGCCGGGCUCCUGUCCCGUAUUCGGGCAGCACCGCCCCAAGCCCUGGGUCCCAAGCCCUGGGCCCCCAGGCUUCUCCAGCCCCAAGCCCCGAAUGGCCGCAGCCCCGGAGCUCGCCUUGGACGUGAUGAAGCAGAUCUGUCUCUGCGCCACCGCCUCCUUCUCGCUAUGGCUGAGCCCAGCCGACCUCGGCACCUGCCCCCCCUGUGGCCGAUGCCUGAUCCCGAGGCCCACAGCGAGAGGCUGGCACCAGAGCCAGGACUGGGGAAGGAGUGAUGAGAAGCUGAUGCAGGCUGUGGAGAGUAACGACGCCACUCGAGUCUCUGCCCUGAUUGCCCGAAAAGGGCUGGUUCCUACCAAGCUGGAUCCGGAGGGCAAGUCCUCGUUCCAUUUGGCUGCGAUGCGAGGGGCAGCAGCCUGCCUGGAAGUGAUGCUGGCCCACGGUGCCAACGUCAUGAGCACGGAUGGCUCUGGUUACAACGCCCUCCACCUGGCAGCAAAGUAUGGACAACCUCAAUGUUUGAAACAACUGCUGCAGGCAUCCUGUGUGGUGGACACCGUGGACAACAGUGGCUGGACAGCACUCCAUCAUGCGGCUGCUGGCGGCUGCCUGGCCUGCUCCGAAUUGCUUUGCUCCUUCAAGGCCCAUCUGAACCCCCGAGAUCGGUCAGGUGCAACGCCCCUUAUCCUGGCAGCACAGAUGUGUCACCCAGAGCUGUGCCGUCUCCUCCUGCAGCAAGGAGCUUCUGUGAAUGAUCGGGAUCAACAGGGUAGGACAGCUCUGAUGUUGGCAUGUGAGGCGGCCAGUCCAGAAACAGUGGAAGUGCUGCUACAAGGAGGUGCUCGGCCUGGGCUCACAGAUGCCUUGGGCCAGGAUGCUGCGCAUUAUGGAGCUAUAACAGGGGAUGCCCUGAUCCUGCACCUCCUACAGGAAGCCUUACAAAACCAGGUUCUGACCAGUGAAGAGGAGUCAGCAGAAGUGUCUUCUCAGACAUCUCAGUCCAGUCGGGAAAGGGCAGCAGCCCCCAAGAAGAGGAAAGCCCCUCCCCCUCCGGCUAGCAUCCCUGUCCCGGAUGACAGGGAGGCUUAUGAGGAGAUUGUACGGCUCAGACAGGAGCGGGGUCAGCUUCUCCAGAAGAUCCGAGGCCUGGAACAGCGGAAAGAGAAGAAGAGGCAGGAGCACCAGGAGGCUGAAGACAGCUCUCUGCAGAGCCUGGAGAGACAGGUACAGGAGCUGCAGCAGCUGCUGGCAGAGAAACAGGAAGAGAAGGAGAGUCUGGGCCGUGAGGUGGAGAGUCUGCAGAGCCGCCUGUCCCUUCUGGAGAAUGACAAGGAGAACACCAGCUAUGACGUGGCCACACUGCAGGAUGAAGAGGGGGAACUGCUGGACUACCCAGGGGUCGAUGGGCUGCUGUCCAAGGGGCUGAGCCCUGCUGCCCAGGAAUUGCUAGCCUCCCUACAGGACCAGGUGGCAUCACUUACUAAACAAAACCAGGAAUUGAUGGAAAAGGUCCAGGUCCUGGAGAACUUCGAGAAAGACCAGAUGGAGCUGGAGACGUCGGCUGACUUUAUUCCCGUCCUUCUCUAUGACACCCUGAAGGCCGAGCUGGAGCAGGUGCGGAGGCAGCACGAAGAGGCCCUGCGAGCUCUGGAGCAGCAGCGGGGAGCUGAAGAGGCGGCCCCGGGUGCACUGGUGAAGGAGGGGGAAGAGAAGGUGAAGGAGAAGGACAAGGAUGAAAUGGACGUCGAGAAAGACAGGGGGAAAGGGAGCGUGAAGGAGGAAAAAAGAGAUGAGCCCGAAGCUAAGGAGGCAGGCAAAAAUGAGAAUGGAGUGAAUGGGACGGAGGAGGAGGACAAGGACGCGAUAGAAGUGAAGGAGAAUGAGAAAGGGGCCGGGGAAGCAGCAGGAGGCGGGGAGGACCCGGAUGGAGCGGCAGCCACUCGGGCUGAUCCAGAGGAGCCCGAGCCUCCGGGGCCUGCGGCUGAUGAGACGCCCAAGGCCAGCCCGGCCGAGGCUUCCGAGCAGCUACAGGAGGAGCUGGAAUCCCGAAUCCGGGCCCUGGAGGAGACCCUGCGGCAACGGGAGCGGGAGGCGGCAGCGGAGCUCGAGGCGGCCCGCGGAAAGUGCGAGGCCGCUGAAGCCGAGGCUGGCCGCCUUCGAGAGCGGGUGCGGGAGGCCGAGGAGGGUUCGGCCAAUGGCGGCGGGGGUGGAGGCGGGGGCGGCGGGGGCAGCGGAGGCGGAGACUCGGCGCAGCUGAGGGCGGCCCUGGAGCAGGCCCGCGAAGACCUCAGGGACCGCGACGAACGGCUCCGAAAGCUGGAAGCCCGAGCGGAGGAGGCCGCGGCCCUGGAGGCGGAGAGGGACCAGCUGCGGGCCCAGAUGGAGACGGCCCGAGGGGAGCGGCAGCGCCUGGAAGCGGAGGCCCGGGAGCUGCGGGAGGCACUGGCGCGUGGGGCUCGCAAGCAGCGGGAGGCCGAGGUGCAGCUGGAGGGCCUGCGCGAGCAGCUGGCCUCCACGUGCGUGCCCCGCCGCCAGCACCUGGACACCGUGGAGGAGCUAGGCCGCGCGCGGGAGGCGGCCGAGAACCGGGCGCACGAGCUGGAGAGCGUGUGCGAGGAGGCCCGGCGGGGAUUGGCCGAGCUGCGCGAGGCUUCCGAGGUGGCGGCCGCCGAGCUCCGCGCCAGGGCGCAGGAGCUGGAGCAGGAACUCGUGGUCAAGGGCAAGGAGGCGGCCCGGCUGCAGGCAGAGCUGGAGCGCGAGCGGGCGGGGAGCGUGGCGCGCUCUGAGCACGAGCGCGUGGCGGGCGCCCUGCGCGCCGAGGCUGAGCAGCUGGCGGCGCGCCUGGACGAGCUGGGCCGGCGGCACGAGAAGACGAGCGCCGAGGUGUUCCAGGUGCAGCGCGAGGCGCUCUUCAUGAAGAGCGAGCGGCACGCGGCCGAAGCGCAGCUGGCCACCGCCGAGCAGCAGCUGCGCGGCCUCCGUGCUGAGGUAGAGCGCGCGCGCCAGGCUCAGGGCCGAGCGCAGGAGGCCAUGGACAAGGCCAAGGAGAAGGACAGGAAGAUCACAGAGCUGUCCAAAGAAGUCUUUAGCCUCAAGGAGGCCCUCAAGGGCCAGGCUGUUGCCCCUUCACCAGAGGUGGCCACCCUCCAGGGGCAGGUGAAGACACUGCGACAGCAGCUGGAGGACACACAGAGAUGUCACAGCACCGUGGUGGCCUUGUAUCGAAGCCACUUGCUUUAUGCCAUCCAGGGUCAGAUGGAUGAAGAUGUCCAGCGAAUCUUGAAUCAGAUUUUACAGAUGCAGCGACUCCAGGCACAGGGCCGAUGAGAGGAUGUGGGCCCUGGCCUUGCCCUCCUGACGCUGGCACUACCCAGGGUCCACCUUCUGGACCCUGGCACCAUUCCAGGGCCGCUAUCCAAACACAGGCAUACCCUUUGGCCCCUAACGAUGCCCGAGGCACACCCAGUAGAGCCUGGCACCACCCCAGGACAACCUCCAAACCAGAUGAAGUCUCUGGACUUUGGGGCCCCCCUUUGCCUUUACAGAUCAUCCCACAAAUGCCCCCUUUUCCCAAGCUAUCUGAACACACACAUCGAAGGGGGCGGUAGGGAGGGAUCAAGAUAGUGGCAUAUGGCCUCCAGAGCUCUGAGAGCCUUCGAUGGUCUUGCAGCCUAUGGCCUCCCCAUCCCCACACGCACCAAUAAACAUUUAUAUUCACAAUGUGGAA